AUUAUCAUGUGAUAAAAGGUUUUGAGGAAAAGUUUCAAUUGCCAUUUCCUCAAGAUAGUCCAUUUUAACUGUGUUGUAGUAAGGAGUAAUAUUUUUCUUAGUUCAACACAGACUCUGACAACCAUGAAGAUUUUGGCUCUUUUAUCAGCUGUUUUGCUGUAUGGUCUUGCUGACUGCCAGCUGCUGGGUAAAGAGAAAUGCACAUGGGGGCCAUCCUACUGGUGCAGCCACAUCAAGCAUGCUAAGGAGUGUGGUGCCAUGGACCACUGUGCAUCGACUGUGUGGAAAAACCAGAAGAUAACCAUCAAGGAUAGUCCAUCAUGUACUUUCUGUGAGUUAAUGGUGAACAAUGUGCGUCACCUUAAGAAGUAUUCAUCAAGAAAGACUCAGCCGUAUAACUUGGUGGCCAAAACUUGCACCGUGCUUCCAGACUCGCUCAGACGAACGUGCAAAGAUCUCGUCAAAAAUAACUUGGAAGAAGUGAUGCAUCUUAUAUCAACUGAUCUGGAAGCGAAAUCAGUUUGUGCUGUGAUGGAGUUGUGUGAGAAAUUUGAUGAUGUUGUAGAACGUCCAGUGUUUGUCGACGCAUCUAUGAAGACACCAGCCAAUGAUGAUUGCUCGGAUUGUAAGGCGUUCUUCGGGGAUGUGCAGAAGAAACUUUCUGACAAUCAGACCAUCGCUCAGCUUGAAAACAUGGUUGACUCUCUGGUGUGUGCUCAACUGGGACCGUUCGAAGAUCUUUGCAAGAAAAUGGUCCACCACUACGUCAUGAUAGUGACCAAAUAUCUCCAUGACCAGUUUGAUCCCGACACCAUGUGUCACAUGAUUAAUUUCUGUCAGCAGACGGCAGGAUGGGUGGACGCCUCCCAGCCCCCAGUCUGGCUGGUGAAUGCCAUCAAAGACUUCCACACGGUCAAGUACAACAGUGUUGAUUGUCAGCUCUGCCAGACGGCCGUGACAGACUUGAGGAAAAUGAUCCGAGAGAAAACCGUUCAGGAUACACUGAAGAACUUUGUUGAAAAUAACAUUUGCAGUCUUCUGGGUAGUUUCCAGGCCAAGUGCAAGGAGGCUGUUGAAACCUAUGCGGCUGUAGCUUUCGACAUCCUGGCCAAUGAACUGGACCCCAAAACUGUGUGCAGUGCUAUUGGUUUUUGUAAUUCCACCAAACACCAGUCUAAACUGCACCGAGUUUCCUUGGGUUCGUCUUUGACCCACGUGAAUGCCAUCCCGCGAGUUGUGCAGCCAGUCCAGAAGAAAGUGUCUGGCCCCGAGUGUGCCCUGUGUGAGUUUGUCUUGAAGGAGAUCGACGAAAUGAUCGGAUCAAACAGAUCAGAGGCUGCAGUGGAGGCAGCCCUGGACCAGGUGUGUGACAUCCUGCCCCAGACGAUCUCCCAGGAGUGUAAGGACUUCAUCGCCACGUACGGACGUGCCAUCAUCCAGCUGCUGGUGCAGGAACUCGACCCAAAAAAGAUCUGUACCAUCCUCGGACUCUGCUCGAUGUCUUCAAUCCAUGUUGGUCCAGUCAAGUCGAAUGAUGCUGUCUGUGACAUCUGUUCAGAUGUGAUGGGCUACUUCCUCAAGUACCUGAAGCAGAAUGCCACCAUUGAAGAAGUCAAAAAACUGCUUGAAGAUCUGUGCAACCGCCUGCCAGGCGCCAUUUCUCAAGAAUGCGACUCGUUUGUCGAUCAGUACAUCCAGCUUGUAAUGGAUCUCAUUACCGAGGAAUAUUCCGCCAAGCAGAUCUGCCAGGCGAUCAGUUUGUGUCCGCAGAAGAGGAACAACUCGACACUGUACUUCAAGAGACUGAGAGGAGGGCCACAUUAAAAACAAGUUACACCACAGAGCAAUUGAAAGCAUAACAAGAUUAAACAAAAAUCCAUAUUAGUUGCAAAAUUAACAAAUUGUAUUUUUGAUAUUUUACUGCUUAAGCCAUACCAUUUAAACUCUGCAUUCGGCGAGAUAAAUUAGUGUUGGAUUCCAUCCACCAGUCUACCUUGGAACAGUUUUGGACACCGGUCUACAAACGGGAUCUCUUCCAUUGUGAAGAUACUAAUGUAAUAAUCUGACUGAAUUAACUGACUGAAAUGAAUCAAAAUCAGAGCAUUUAACAUAAAUAUUAGAUAAAUUUCUUAAAAUACUUUUCAAAUUGCAGUGGCUAUUAAUAUAAAACUUACUUGCUUCAAGCUUAUGUUUUGUUUUUGCAUUUUAGAUCAAUGUGAACAACAUUUUUUACUUUUUUAAUUUAGAACUGAAAAUUUAUCCACCUAUUAUUAUUUGUGUUCAUAAUUUAAGCAGAUGACAAGUACAUCCCCCCCCUUCCCCCUCCUCAAAUCCCCCAUUAUCAGCUCAAUAUGUCACGGAAAUACUCAAGAAAAAAUUUAAAAUUAAUGUACAGCUGUUUGGCAUGAAAUCAGAUUAUGGAAGCUUCAUAUGCAAAUAAUUUAUUUUAAGUGAAAGAAGAAUGUGGAAAGCUGAUUCUGAAAAUAUUUGUUGAUCUACCACUUUUAACCGAGAGAAUAUGACAUAUUUGAAAUGGCUUCCCCACAUACAUAUUUUUGUUAUUACAUUUUUUUUCUAACUCUUUCCUCCACAUGUACUAUAUUUGAUAUUUAAGAAUUUGUUAGUUUAGAUCAGGGAAUGUGACAGAUUUUUUAAUUUUUACUUUUAUGCUAUAGUUAGUAGGUCACAGGCAUAAACAUCUGUAUAUACGUGUUGAGGAAAUAUAAUAUUUUAUAUUUGUGUUUUGUUGUAAUUGUGGAUAUACUGAACUUCUGUAUUGUACAAAGUGUAAAGUUCCCAGAAAAUUUCACACCAGGACCAAAAAAAAGUGUUUUCUGAAGAUGAUUGUAGUUAAGACAUAAAGUAAAAAAAACCCCAGAAAAAAUAGACAAGUGUAUCAUUAAUUUUGAAGACAUUUUUAGUAUUCAACCACUAAUAUCGAAAUCUGUGAUUGUAAGUCAGUGUGCAAGAUUUUUAAUAAUUACUUGUGUAAUGUCUUUUCUAAAGGAGUUUAAAAAAAAAAAAAUAUUGUACAUUGUUUUCUUUAUGAUUUGUCUAGAUGUUUGUGCUUUUAGAAAAUAAAAAAUACAUUCCACAAAA